AUGUCGAAAGCUCCAAGAGUAAUAUACUGGUUCCGUACAGACUUACGCCUACACGAUUCUCCAGCACUAGCAGCAGCGCUCGACUUGAAGCCAGAAUGCCUAUAUCCUAUCUGGACAUGGGACCCGCACUACGUUUACCGCGCCAGGGUCGGCGUCAACCGCUGGCAAUUCCUCAUCGACUGCCAAAACGACCUCUCUCAAGGCAUCACCAAAAUCAACAAAAAUUCGAAACUCUUCGUGCUACGUGAAGCUCCACAGACUUUGCUGCCAAAGCUGUUCAAGGAAUGGAAUAUCACACAUCUGGUAUUCGAGAAAGACACGGAUGCGUAUGCGCGGGAACGCGAUGACAAGAUUUGCGAAAUUGCGAAUGAGAUGGGAGUCAGGGUGAUCACAAAGAGUGGACGCACGCUCUAUGACAGCGACCUGCUGGUCAAAACAAAUCAUGGCAAGCCAACAAUGACUAUAGCGCAAGUGCAAGCUGCCGCAGCAAAACUAGGGAAGGUAGCAGAACCUCUGCCUGCUCCGUCGAGCCUUCCUGAUCCAGGACAUCUUUCAUUAGGAUUUCAACAAGAAAAGCCCAAAUCCGAGCCCGACUUCAAUCGAACGCAUCGAGUCAGCGACGAGGGCUCCUAUGCAGUUGGAAUUUCAGGACCUAAUGGUGAUUUCUCAGUACCGACUCUGCAAGAACUCGGGUUACAGGAAGCAACCACGCCUCAUCGGGGAGGCGAAUCAAUAGCAUUGCAAAUUCUGGACGAUGUCAUCUCUAAUGAGACAUAUACCGCAACAUUCAGCAAGCCCUCUACUGCGCCGACAGCUUUCGAGCCACAGUCUACCUGUCUUACAUCACCUCACUUGCACUUUGGGUCUUUGUCGUGUAGAUUAUUCUGGUACAAAGUACAGGAAGUUCUCGACAGAUACAAAGGUAAAGCUACAGAGCCACCAACCUCUUUGCAGGGACAAUUGCUAUUCAGAGAUAUGUACUUUGCCGCGCAAGCAGCAAUAGGCUAUCCAUUUGCGCAAACUGCGAAGAACAACCACUGUCGAUUUGUACCUUGGCAUCUGCCUUCUAAGGUUGAUGAAAAGACAGGAUUGAUCACUGGAGAAUACGAGAUAGACGACCCGAAAAAGGAACAAGAGUUCAAACGCUGGCGUAAUGGCAAAACUGGCUUCCCUUGGAUUGAUGCUUUGAUGCGACAGCUGAGACUCGAGGGCUGGAUACACCACCUUGGCCGUCAUGCUGUUGCUUGCUUCUUAACGCGUGGUACGUAUGUUGCGAAAACAUGGAACACAGGUCAAUGA